AUGCCUCCUAACCCACUGGCAAACUGGGAAAAGGUUGGAGAUAGCUUUUAUCGCAAAAUCGCCGUGUACGACGCCAUCUUUGAGGAUGACGUUGAGUUAGAGAACUACAUUGUCGCGGGCGCCCCCUACGGAGGAGCUAUUGCGCUGUAUCGCGAUGAGACCAAACCGUUCAGGCUUCGCGACGGACAGAGUCAUCGCUCAACAAUUGAUGUUUACUCAUGCUCUGGACAGCUGAUCAAUCGUAUAAACUGGGAGCAAGCUACUAUUCGUGGCGUGGGUUGGUCCGAUAAGGAAGAGCUGCUAGUCGUCUCCGAGGACGGAACAGUACGACGCUACUUUGGAUUUGACGGCGAAUUCACGUCGUUCUCUCUUGGCAAUGGCACCGAAGAAUAUGGUGUGAGAGCCUGCCAAUUCUGGUCAUCUGGCCUCGUUGCAUUGCUGUCCAAUAACCAGCUGAUAGCCGUGUCCAAAUACGAUGAGCCUCGGCCGCGACCCCUGGCACCUUGCCCGGAAGGCGAGGUCUCAUCAUGGGCUUUGAUCCCUCCAGCGCAUACACUCUCGCGCUCUGUCGAAGUUCUGUUGGCUGUUGACAAGACCGUUUUUCUGAUCGAUUCAACAGAGGCGGAAGACAAGAUAUUGCAAGAUGGCCCAUUCAAACAUAUCAGUGUGUCCCCAACAGGGCGCUUUGUCGCUCUUUUCACCGCGGAAGGGAAGUUAUGGGUAGUUAGCAAUGACUUCCAAAACAAGUUCAGCGAAUACGAUUCAAAAUCUCGGGUCCCGCCAGAUACCGUCAGUUGGUGUGGCGAUGACGCUGUCAUUCUUGCAUGGGAAGAUGAAAUUCAUCUUGUCGGGCCCAACGGGGCUGCAUCGAAAUACUAUUACGAUGGUCGUGUUCACGUCAUACCGGAAUUUGACGGUGUCCGCCUUAUAACUAAUGACACAUGCGAAUUUGUGCACAAGGUCGCUAGUGUGACUGAGGAGAUAUUCCGUCUCGGAUCGUCCUCUCCGGCUUCCGUGCUCCUCGACUCGGUAGACCAAUUAGAAAAGAAAUCACCAAAGGCUGACGAGAACAUUCAGCGAAUCCGAUCAAGUUUACCUUCAGCAGUUGACGCCUGCAUCAAGGCGGCGGGUCAUGAAUUUGACGCAUAUUGGCAGAAGCGCCUUCUGAAGGCAGCCUCUUUCGGGAAAUCUGUCCUAGAACUCUACAACAGCGAUGAGUUCGUAGAGAUGACAGAAAAGCUACGCGUUCUCAAAGCACUGAGAGAUUACAAGAUCGGCUUGCCAAUCUCCUACGAGCAAUACUUGCGCCUUACGCCAGAAGGGCUUAUUGAACGCCUGAUCAGCCGGCAUGAGUAUCUGCUUGCAAUAAAGAUCUCGGAAUACCUCCAGAUUCCUGCAGACAGAAUUUAUGUUCACUGGGCCAGCCAAAAAGUGAAGGUCUCCACUGUCGAUGACGAAGCUGUGUGCAAGCUCAUUGUUCAAAGACUCGAGGGAAAGCCAGGUAUAUCAUUCGAAGUCAUCGCCCAAGCUGCUUAUGACGAAGGUCGAUCUCAUCUGGCGACCCAAUUGCUCAAUCAUGAACCACGGGGCGGUAAGCAAGUUCCUUUGCUUUUGAAUAUGGAAGAAGAUGAGCUUGCCCUCGAUAAGGCAAUCGAGAGUGGGGAUGAUGACUUGGUGAACUACGUGCUACUGCACCUCAAGAGCAAGCUGCCGCUCGCAAGCUUCUUCCGGAUGAUCAACACUCGCCCCAUGGCUUCGGCACUGGUGGAGACCACUGCACGGGGUGAUGAUAUCGAGCUAUUAAAAGAUCUGUUCUACCAAGAUGAUCGGCCUAUUGACGGUGCUAACGUGCUACUAUCGGAGGCAUUGAGAGAGACCGAAGUGACGCGCCGGAUUGAGAAAUUACAUCUAGCAUCUCGCCUCCUGUCAGAUUCCAAGGAGCCGACGGUCGUGCUAAAUCAGAAGUUAGUCGCUGAAGCCUCCCAGCUUCUGAAGGCCCAAGAAGCAUUGGACAAAGACCUGGCAGACCACAGCGAGUUUGUUGGUCUUAGCCUCAAUGAGACAGUCUACAGACUUGUCCGAGGUGGUUACGGGAAAAGAGCGCACAGAAUUCAAAGUGAAUUCAGAAUGCCAGAGAAAACAUUCUGGUGGUUGAGAUUGAGAGCGUUGGUGGCUAAACGUGACUGGGGUGAACUAGAGGAAAUCGCUAAGGUCAAGAAAUCCCCAAUCGGAUGGGAGCCUUUUUACAACGAAAUUUUGGGUGCUGGAAACACGAAACUUGCUUCAGGUUUUGUGCCGAAGUGCACCCACCUGCCCCCCGCUGAGAGAAUUGAAAUGUGGCUGAAAUGCGGAAUGAUUGUUCAGGCCGGAGAAGAGGCACAAAAAACCAAGGACCUGAACACCCUAGAACUCCUCCGCGGCAAAGCAUCUGGCCCCGCAGCCACCGAGAUCGAGCGCAUGAUCAACCAGCUGAGGCCACGCAAGUGA